CAAUGCCACCAGGGUGGUUGCAUUUGCCAUCGGACAGCAAUCAGAUCAAAAUCAAUAUUCGGGAUUUGUUGUAAAAUUUUCUGUCAUUUCGCAAUUCCUGCUUAGUAAAACUAGAAAAUUUCCACGUGAGAAGUUGUUCUGCAUUAGCUAAAGCCAGUGACUAGUGCUGACAAUCGAUGUGUCCGGAAAAUUUAUGGAGAAAUCCAAUGUAGCCUCAUUGAUAAUGUGAAUCGCGUUGUAGUUCAAAGGUGCAACAAUUCCUUGCGAAAUUGCCACGGAGUGUUGUGAAAAAGUCAAUUGCUAAACAGCAACGUAAUUCACCGGAGUGCUCAAUAGUUUCCUGUUAAUAACAGAAAAAUCACGAUGCCAAUUGGUAGCAUACUAAAGCGGGCGUCGAGUUUUAUCCUGGGCAGUGAGGAGGUCGAAAAGGACGACGUCAUCUAUGAAGACAACGAAAUUCUUUUCUGUAAGAAUAAUGUGUGCGUUCACCCACCAGCGUUCGUGCGUCAAGAAUCCGACAUCCUACACUACCCGGGUUACUUGACUGUGACGACGAAAACUUUUAUCGAUCAGUACAAUAACGCCAAGCGGCCCACUUUGUUGCUGACAUGGAUCCCCAACUCCACAUUACGUAAAUGUCCGUCAACGGUUGAAAACUACACAACAACAACGAAUGGAAUCUUCUCGCGACAACAUUCUGACGACAGUAGGUACGGCAAGACACUGAGUAGUUCCGGUUACGAGAAGAACUCCCAAAAGAACGGUUCGAUUGUCUCGCUGACCAGCAACAAUACCAAUCCCUUCCUCGAGCCCUACUGCAUCACGAAUGACAAUAAUUUUAAGAACUGCUCAGCUGAUGGAUCCACUAAUCACAUUGACAACUGCGAAACCCAAAGUAUUAGCUCGAACUCGGACAAGGCGAGUAUCUGCAAUAGCCUAAGCACGCACAGCUGCGGCAAAGACGACCCGCACUCCAGCAUGAUUGACGACGAGGAAGUGUUUGCUCUGUCGAUGGACCCAUCGCCUCUGGAGGAAAGCGAUGAAAUCCGCGAACUGAAGAAUGAACUUACUCCUCUUUUAUGCGAGGAUCCACAUGAAGCUGCAAACGUUGUCAAGCCAUUGAUCUCUCAGAAAUCUGUGACGUCCGUUAACAUCACCAUCGCAAAUCCUUGCAUUCAGAAUCACCAAAUUCCGCCCCCUGACACUGUUUCCGUAGCACGCAACGAGAAACUGCGUUCACUGUCGGUGAGUUCGGUUGACGAGAACAGCCCAAACUGGAUGACGCCAGAACUUCUCGCUUACAAGCAUAAUCUCUCGUUUCCGGAAAGCGCCUCGGCCUCACCGGUUGUGACUAGGAAGACACCAAUUAAAUGUCGAAGGUUUUCGGUAGAUUUGAGCCAGAUGAGGUCGUUGAGGCUCUUUUUCAAUGACGAGAACUGUACGUCUGGACAGUUAGUUAUAGCAUCGCGCGAAUCUCAAUAUAAAAUCCUCCACUUUCAUCACGGCGGUUUGGAUCAUUUAGCUCAAGUCCUUCAUCAGUGGCAUUGUCUUUUGCACAACAUCAAAUUGGCGCCAGGCCAAGAAGAACCGAAUCUGCCGUAUCGCCAAUUUAUGGUAUGCAGACCAGAAGUGAAAAAGAGUGAAUUGCAUCCAGAUGAAGGAAAAGUAAACAAAAUAACAACUGACUAUUUCUACGGUACACUAUUGAACGAAAAAGGUCAAAUAGAAGACGAUUUGCUACUAAGAAAAUGCGUAUUUUUCGGCGGACUGGAGAAAAGCUUACGCAAGACAGUUUGGCCAUUCCUUCUCCAUUGUUAUUCGUUCAACUCUUCAUUUGAGGAUCGUGCAGCUCUGAUGGAAAUUCGUAGACAGGAGUAUGAGGAGAUAAAUCGAAGACGACUAUAUUCUAUGUCGCCUGAAGAGCAGGCACUUUUUUGGCGAACCGUUAACUGUGUUGUAGAAAAGGAUGUUGUUCGAACCGAUCGGGGUAAUCCAUACUUUGCUGGCGAAGAUAAUCCAAACAUCGAUAUUAUGAAAAAUAUACUCUUGAACUACGCGUUUUACAACUCGGGAUUGUCCAGAUAUACACAGGGAAUGAGUGAUCUUUUGGCUCCGGUUUUAUGUGAAAUUAAGAAUGAAUCAGAGGCUUUCUGGUGCUUUGUCGGUCUAAUGCAGCGAGCGAUGUUUGUAUGUACACCAACGGACAAUGAUAUCGAUAAAAAUUUGAGCUACUUACGCGAACUAAUACGUAUAAUGGUUCCUAAGUUCUACAAACAUCUUGAAAACCACGCUGAUGCAAUGGAACUGUUGUUUUGUCAUCGAUGGAUCCUAUUAUGUUUUAAACGCGAGUUCACUGAGGCUGUUGCAAUUCGAAUGUGGGAAGCUUGCUGGUCAAAUUAUCUUACGGACUAUUUUCAUUUGUUCCUGUGUUUGGCAAUAAUUGCAGUUUAUGCGGAUGAUGUUAUAGCACAAGAUUUGCGAACGGAUGAAAUGUUAUUGCAUUUCAGCUCAUUAGCAAUGUACAUGGAUGGUCAGCUCAUACUACGGAAGGCUCGUGGCCUAUUGCAUCAAUACCGACAACUGCCAAAAAUCCCAUGUACCCUGUCCGGUCUAUGUAAACGUUGCGGUCCGGGAAUGUGGGAUUCAGGGCACCAUCCAGCCAUCGAAUGUAUAGGUCAUACCGAUGACGAAACGUGUGCCCUAGCCGUUGAUUAAAGAUAGAACAAAUUAGAUACCAAAGAAGAAUCUCUAAACUAUACACCACACCAAAAAUAUCCUAGUGUUAUAUGUACAUUAUACAUAGCAAUUAAUAAUUUUCAAUUAUGCCUUAAAAUCUAUUUAUACUUUUAAUCAUAACGUUUUAUUUCGCGCACAAUAUUGUAUGUAGAACUGUGACUAUCCUACCGUUAAGUUAUAAAAUGAUUGUGGCUUUAUGUUACUUCAGAAUAAAAACACGAUGCCUCUGUAUAUUGAAAAGAUAACAUAAAAAUAUUUACAGGAAUAUAAAAAAACAGAUAUUAAGGAGUUCAAUUUAAAAGUUAAAGAAGAAACGUUAAUUCAAUUUGCUAUUCAGCCCGCCAUCGAUAAUUGCGAUAUCCGUAAAUUUAAGAUAAUUCAAAUAAUAUGAAACCUACAAAAAGCUAUGUAAGAUAAAACUUAAAAUGUCUAAAUAUGCGCCGCAAUUACAGAAGCGAAAGCCAUGAUCUGAGACAUUCCGAAUCAUCUUGAAAUUAAACUAAGUUGCCCCACGGAAAUGUUAAAAAUUAAUUAGAAAAUUCUUUGAUGGGACGAUUACUCAAGGUAGACGGAGAAGUCACUUUUGUAUUUCAAUUACAUUUGCAUUCACAUUUUAGUUGAGAACGGAACAUUUGUUGUGACGACAUUCCAAACUUGCCGAUUGAAGUUCAAAUUUUUAAAUAAUCACACAAAAAGGCUAUUUAGGAAAUAUUACUAUUUAUUUCAAUGAAUAAACUAUAAGAUAUUUGAAGGAAACGAAAAUUCUACCAGAAAUUAUUUAUGGCAAAAUCGUGAUCUGUUAAACGCUUCGAUUAAUUAAAUGUAUUGCUAAUUACAAAACACAAUGAUGUAAAUUAUAUAUAUAUUUAUGAAAAAUAUACAUAUAUAUAUUUAUUGC